CAUAAAUAAUUCAACAUUAUAUCGGUGUUCAAUUUGAUUUAAUAAUAAUUGAUUUACACUAUCAAUAUAUAAUGCAGUAGUGGAUAUGUGAUUAACUUCUUUUUAGUAUCACAUUCAAACCAGUCAUUUUUCGUACCAUAACAACCUAAGUACUCUCUCUCAGAAAUUCAUCCAUCUCCUUCUACCAUCCAGAGCCUCUCUCCUCGUCCCAUCCUUGUAGUUCUUUUCCAGAAAAUAUCUCCACUUGCGAUUCCAGCUUUGAGCAUUAAAGUAAAGAUUCAGAUAGACUUAAUGGAUUAGCUAACGAAAAGAUUAAAAAGUGUAUUUUUCAUAGUUAAGGAACUAAAAAAAUACAAAAAAAAAGUUGAGGAUGAAAAUUAUGCAAAAUCUUAAGUUGAGGGACCAAAAUUGAUAUUUAACCUUUUUUUUCAUGAUUAACCCAUCAUGAAACAAGUAUGUAUCUAAUCCUUUAGUAAUUUAAAUUAAUGCCAUCUCAUUAAGUAUGAUGGUUCUUGCAUUGUACUUGCUUAUCCAUAAUUGAAGAUCGAUUCAUAACUUCAACAUAUAUAUAAUGCUGUCUCCUUCUCCUCUCCUUAAGCUUGAAGUUAACAGAAAUUGAGGGUGCCAAAGACAAUGUCUCAAGGAAGCAUUCUUGGUCUAGGCCUUCUUUUAGCAUCUGUCUUCUUGUUUAUCAACUCCUUUGAAUGUACUGAGUAUUCUCCUCCAUCAACUCAAGGAGAACUUCCCUACAUGACCUCAAAUGUAGAAGAAGUUUCUGGUAAAUCCUUUGAUUACAUUGUUGUGGGUGGAGGCACUCUUGGCUGCCCUCUUGCUGCAACUCUGUCUGAGAAAUUCUCUGUUUUGGUGGUGGAACGAGGUGGUUCACCUUAUGGCAAUCCCUUUUUGGAUAAAAAAUACAAUGGCUAUCUAUUGAUUCAGGCAGAUGAGUUUUCAACUGUUGCACAACAGUUCACCUCAGAUGAUGGUGUGGGGAAUUACAGAGGACGAGUACUUGGAGGAUCCUCUGCCAUUAAUGCCGGGUUCUAUAGCAGAGCUAGCAAGGAUUUUGUUGAUCGUGCCAAGUGGGAGAAUGAUCUAGUUGAGGAAGCUUAUAAAUGGGUGGAAUCAAAGAUCGUAUUUAAACCUGAAUUGACACCAUGGCAAUCUGCGGUUAAAUUGGGCCUUCUUGAAGCUAGAGUUGGACCUUACAAUGGGUAUAGUUUGGAGCACAUUGAGGGAACAAAGAUAGGCGGAAGUAUAUUUGAUGAAUGGGGCAAAAGACACACCUCUGCUGAUCUUCUAGGGGCAGGGAAUCCCAAAAACAUCACUGUUCUUUUGAAUGCAACAGUAAAGAACAUCAUCUUCCAUAACAACAGUAAGGCAAAUGAGACAAGAGCCCACGGAAUCAUGUUCAUCAAGAGCGAUGGCAGCACAAACCAAACCUAUGAAGCUUACCUCAAUCAACCCAAGAAUUCAUGUUCCUCUGGUGAUGUUAUUCUCUCAGCAGGGGCAUUAGGUAGCCCCCAAAUCCUAUUAUUAAGUGGAAUUGGACCCGGUAAAGAUCUGAAGAACUUUGACAUCCCAGUUGUAUUGGAUCUUGAGGGUGUUGGAGAAGGAAUACAAGACAACCCCAGCAUUGCAGUUGAGUUUGACAGCUCGCCACAGAUUCAGCAGCGAGAUCCCCCUCAACUUGUAGGCAUAGCAAAGGAUUUCAAAUUCAUCAUUCAAGGAGGAGUAAUCUGGACCAGCUUCAACUCAACAAGGAAUCGAAUCGCGGCCAAGAUUGCAUUCCCAGCAUCCAAAGGGAAGCUCAAACUAAACAGUACAGACCCCAGGAGAAGCCCUUCUGUAACAUUCAAUUUUCUAGCUGAGGAGGAAGACUUGGAACAAUGCGUAAACAUGGUUCAAUUACUCAGGCAAGUGGCAGGAUCGAAAUCCAUUACUGACUUCUUAGGCAACCACAGUCAAAGUAACUUGAACUCUAGUUCCAAUCAGCUAAGACAAUUCUGCAAGCAGAAUGUAAGAUCUUAUUAUCAUUAUCGUGGAAGUUGUGCAGUUGGAUCGGUUGUUGAUCAUGAAUACAGGGUUUUUGGGGUUGAGGGAUUAAGAGUCAUGGAUGGUUCAACCUUCACAGAAUCACCAGGAACAAAUCCUAUGGCUACCCUCUUGAUGCUAGGAAGAUAUCAAGGUAUUAAAUUACUCAGAGAAAGGGAAAAUUGUCUCCCAAUUGAUUGGAAUUCAAUGAAUCUUAUGAAGAUUAUCACAGCAAAUCACAGGGAAAAUUGUCUCCCAAUUGAUUGGAAUUCAAUGAAUCUUAUGAAGACUAUCACAGCAAAUCACAAACAACAUGGAGAACAGAAAGUAAAGUCAGACAACCAGAAAGGAAAGAGACAAGUACAUGACCAACAAGGAAAGAACAAGGAAGCAGAAAUCACAAAUCAAAAGCACAGGAUUCAGAAAUCAAAUAUCAAAGCAAGCAACGGUCAAGAGAUAGCAAAAUCAAAAUAAUUAAUAGAAUGAUUUUCCAUUAUAGUAAAUCAAGGCCAACUGCACUAAUUUAGAAGUUGAACAUUGGCUGUAUAUGUAUAUAUAUUCCUAUGUCGAACAUGUAUCAGAUAUAGGGAAAUAUACAAUCUCAGUUUCUCUUUUUUAAGCCUUAUUAAAGGUUUUCAAAUCUA